AUGAGUUUGUUUGUAUUAGAUAAUAUGAUCAUCGACGAAUCAGGUGGUGAUUCACAUGAGAAUAAACGAGUAAAAAUUACUACUGCUUGUGAUGCAUGUCGUAGAAGAAAAGUCAAAUGCGAUGGUGCAUCUCCCUGCACCAAUUGUCAACGUUAUCAAUGCUCAUUCAGUGAUGCAUCUUCGAAAAGACCUCGGGGUCCUCCUAAAGGAUUUGUUGCCUUGAUCGAAGACAGAUUACAUACGAUCGAGUCUCUUUUAGUUAAUCUUGUGAAUAAAGAUGAUCUUUCGGCUCUUACAAAACGCGAGCGAUUAGAUUCUACAUCGGCUGAAUCUUCUUCGGCUUUUCAACAAUGUCAAAAUUCUAACGAUUUCAAAGAUCCUCAAUAUACGACACUGGCUCGACAGAAUCAUUUAAUUAUCCCUUCCACCCCACCAUCGGAUUCUCAGAUAUCAGAUGCGUCACGAAAUCAUCUUCCCGGUUACACGGACGAACUGACCAUUGUAGAUGAGGAAAUUCUUUUAAAUAAUUUGGUUGAUCCAAACCUGUCCAACUCGUUGCAGAAUAAAAGUAUGUCCUUCUUAAUGCUUGAUGAUACCGAUGGACCGUCCGAUUAUGUUGAACCUGCAUUACCAACCACGAUCGUUGAUUUAAAGCAGAUUCCCGAAGAAAUUUCCAGACAUUUGUUUGAGAAAUAUUUUAACAAUUUUCAUCCAUAUUUUCCUAUUGUUAAUCGUGUACAAUUCUUUCGAUCCUAUAAUAACGUCAAUGUUCAAGAUCAACCUUCAAAAUUAUUAGUUGAAACUAUUUGCACCAUUGGGGCAAUGUAUCCACCUACCAAAAAACAGAAUGAGGAAUAUAGUUCUCAAUUUUUUUAUGAGAGGGCAAAAAAUUUGUUGGAUCGUUUUAUUGACGUUCCUAGAUUAUCAACAAUCCAAGCGUUGGUUUUACUUUGUUUAGUACAUCAAGGUAAACCAUCCUCAUAUCGUUCCCAAACGUAUUCUUCCACCGCGAUUAAUAUGGCACAAUCUAUCGGCUUAAAUCGCAAAAAUGGCGCAGCAUAUAAAGGGGACAAAAAUCGUCAAACGAAAAAAUUGAUUUGGUGGGGAUGUUUUAUCCUUGACAGAUUAACCUCUCUCAUGACCGGUGAUCCAUUAAUAAUUAAUGAUAAGAUGUGUGAUAUUGAACUUCCUUCACUCGAUGAUUUAGAAUUCAAUGAUGAUACAGAUUUUUCGAGUGAUAAUGAGGAAAGCUCCCAUAAUUUCCAACAAGGUGAAGCUUCACAACGACAGGGUUCAAGGUCUACUUCUCCAACUUAUAAUUCAAUACACACACAACAAAUCAAUACCUUCAUCAAUUAUAUUCGUCUUACAAAGCUUAUCGGACAAAUUUUAGAACAUUUGCAAACAAGUUCGUGUGAAGGAUUACAAGCCUCGUGGAAUCACCAUUCUAUCAUUAACGUUUUUGAAUCCUCAUUAACUGAUUGGUUAAGGGAAUUACCUUCAUAUUUGAAUUAUGCUCCUUCAACGCAGCUUUCAGGACAAAUUGCCAGUUUACACAUGUAUCAUCAGACUUUAUAUUUAUUAUUAUAUUAUCCAUAUAUAGCAGAGUAUAGCGAUAAAAAAGAUCGAAAGAUUAGAACGACCAAGACUUUUACCAAAAGUAUGAAUAUUUGCAGUUCAGCGGCUAGCAUUAUAACUAACCUCGGAGUCGAAUCAUUAAAUAAUGUGCAAACAUGCAUCACUUUUCCAGCAAUGUUUUAUUGCCUUGGCAAAGCAGCAAAAGUUCAUUCAAAAAAUAUCUUAUCUCCACAACGAGCUUUAGCAAUUGAUUCAUACAGAAAUAUCGUUAAAACCAUUAGAAUUUGUCAAUUUUAUAAACAAAAUAAUAUCAUGAAAGAAUUGGCGCAAAAAACUUUUAACUCGCUUGAAAAUAUUUUAAAAAAGUAUCAAGAUAAGUUCAGUCAUGAAGAAAUCUUUGGUGUAACUCCUAGUGGACAAAUCGUUAAUCCGGAUGGAUUAGAUCUUAUCAUAAGUUCAUUUGGGUUAAACGCAAAUAAUAUAGCAAGUUCGCCAAAUUCUUCUUCGAUCGGGAUUAUUAAAAUGAAUCCUACGAUGUCAAAUCAAACUUAUUCAAAUCCAAUGAAAUCUGUACAAUCGAUUUUGUCAUUGCAAACAUCAUCUUCAAAUGACAAUAUCUCUUUACAAAAGAGUCAACAAUCAAAUGCAAAGUUUGAUUUUCUUCAUCAAACUAACAACAGUGAUGAAAGCCAAUCUUUGUUCGUGGAUACAUUUGAUACCCAAAUGAUUCCAACAAAUUCCCUUUCAUCAAAUGACAUAGCAACCACGUCAGCAAAUGAACCAUUUUGGGUGAUGUCGGCAUCUCAAUCAGCAAAUUUACAUUCUAGCAUAAAUUCAAGCCUCGUUGACGGAGAAUUUGAUACGCAUUCCACGUUUGAUCAUAUGACUAUCACUGAUUCCCCAGUUUCGCCACCGACCAAUUAUUUUUCCUCACAAUCGCGACGAGCUCAAUCACUUCCUUCCCCGUCAUCACCUGUAAAAUAUUACAUGCCAAACGGUUAUAAAUCGUCCUUGACAUCCAAUUCUCGACCAAAUCAAAUGUCACUUGAUUCCAUUGAACAAGAAACUCAUACCUCACCGAAUAGUUCUCCUACCUCACAACAUUCACAAAGGUAUGUUUCUCAGAAUACAAAUAAAGACAAUGAAAAUCAAAACGAUUCAUUUUCUUCCGAAAAUAAUAAUAGUUUUGUUAUGUCAGAAAGAGAUGAAUCAUCAAUGUAUGAUGACGAUAAUAGCCGUAUGCGAUUUUAUAACAAUAGUUCAACUGCAAAGAAUGAGACCAAUUACCAAGAAGUUUUUAAUAAAAUACCUACAACAGCAUCACCUUCACAAUCAGAUAGAAGGAGAUCCCCACCUUCUUCAUCUUCGGGCUUAAAAAAAAAAGCUAACAGUUAUACCGAACCCGCAAUUCAUGUAUUAAGUAAAAGACAUAAAUAUUGUGGAGCAACAAUUCCAUCCACUUCGAUAUGCAUCGGAUAUGACGGGAUUGAUAAUGACUAUCAAUUUGAACCAAACGUGGUGGAAAUUGGUGGGUUUGGAUUCGAAAAUAAUGGAAUAUGA